UUACUCUGCGAAUAAUUCAACACCAAUUACUCAGUGAAGUAUUAGAAUUAAACUUGUACCUAACUCGCAAAAUACAUUUACUUUUCCUUCGUUGAUGCUGUAACUACUAUCCAUCAUAAAAGCGUAGCUAAAAUUCACCAAAUCCACAUGGACUUGAACAUGACAUUAUAUUCGUUGAUUCUCUUCACCUCCAAUUUAUUAAUAUGUUGGUGCAGAAUUAUCAAAUCAAGCGCUGAUAAGUUCCAAACUCCCGAACAAGCUUCAUUCACUGACCAAUCCAACAUUUUUAGACCUGAUCUAGGAUGCAUUCUUUUCGGCGCAGCUGGUUGUUCGAUAACUUGCAACGUUAUGUGCGACAUGUACGGCUGCCAAACCUACAAUCCCAUCUGCCUGGACGAAAUAUACUGCGAAUGUAACGAAAAAUACGAAAUUUCAUCCUCCCUUACAGCAACCACAUCCGAUUACAACAGUCUAUCGUUCAAUAAAUUAUGGAACUAUAAACUAAACAAAUCGAAAACAUCGAAGAAAAUCCGCCAAAAGAUAUUCCAAGAUCCAGAGACGUUCGACGAAAUACUGAAAAUACUCAGAGAUCCUCAUAAAACCGGACUCCACGUCAUAAGACGAUUACAAGAUUUACAUCCGAAAUGGACCAGCGUAUCGGAGCUCGAACCACGCCAACUAGGUUACAUAAAUAAUCUCAUCGAAGGAGAGCAACUAAACGAUAACGAGUUGCAUGAGUAUUUAGAGACGAAUAUGGAACCGAUGAUCGAAGAAACGUAUGAUCAAUUGCAGAACGUUGAACUCGAAGUUAGAUUGAGUGAUGCUUUGGAUCAAAUCGAUAGAGAAGAGGAAAUAAGGCAAAUCGUGGAGCAAAUUGCUUUACUGAAUAAAUCAUCUUUGAAUGAUUACACAAAGAAGCAUCUGAAGCAGAAAGGAUUAGAGGUAGAUGAUCUAGCUGAAAUGUUGAAUAAGGAGAAUUCAGGUUUGGUAUCAGUUUACGAUGCCGAUCAACUUAUAUUGGCCAGCGUUCUGGAAAAAUUACUUGAUAUUAAAGAGAAUAACAGAAUCGUUGACGUCAAAAGAACAGCCGGAAACAAACAGUUUGCUUUGAGCGAAGAAAUGACUGUAGGCAGAGAAGAUCUGUUUGAUUCGAAUUUCAACGCUGAUGAAGAUACAGGAGACACAAAAUCGUUCAUAUUGAGCGAGGAAAUGACCGUAGGAAGGGAAGAUCUGUAUGAUUCUGAUUUUGCAAGAUCGAUAAAAAGUUCUGAUUCUGAAUCUGAAUCGAAGAAAAAUAAACGUAAGUUUAAAGAAGACAAAUCACAGAAGCGCGAUCGAUAUGAAAUCAACAAAUCAAACCGAAUUUCUGACAGAAAGAUUAUUAUUAAUAAUAACAACAACAACAACAAUAACAACGACGAAUAUUACUCAUCUGACAGUAUCAACAAUAACAAUAACAAUAAUGAUGGGGAAUAUUCAUCUUACUACGACGAUUAUUACACUACAGCUACAGAUCCACCUUAUCCACCUCCACCUCCACCUCCUUACAGCAGUUACUAUAAUCCGGCUCCAGCAUAUUCAUCUUACUAUGGUGAUGAGAAUUAUCGUAGGCAAGGUCCAGUUCAGUACCAGAUGAACAGUAAUUUUGGAGGAUCAUUACCACCGAUGCCACCGCCGCCACCGCCACCACCGGCGAACAUUUGCUGUGGAGGAUACGGUAAUUUUGGACCACCACCGCCACCGCCGCCGCCUCAAUCGUGGGAUGCUAAUUGCUGUGAUGGAGACCGUUCAAGUUGGAUGGAAACCUUUUUUCCAUGGUAGCUAGUAGGUAUUUCAAAGAUGACGGAACCGACAUAGACGCUCAAUUUUAAUAAUCAAAUGUUCGAUGAAUCACGUAGUAAUGUAACUCGUAAUUAAGUUAAAAUAGGUAAAUUAUAAAUAAAUAAACACUCAA